GGCGCUGCUCCCGCCGCCGCCGCGCGCCCGCAGCGGCCCCGCUAGCCCCCCCUCACCGCCAUUCCGCCCCAAAACUUUCCGUUUCCCCCUUCCCACUCUCCGGGACUUCCUUGUGCCGCCCGUGCGCGCGGAGGGGGGGGGGGAGGAGGCGUGUGCGGCGGCGGCGGCGGCGAGGGGGGAUUCGCAGCCUCCUGGCAGGCUUGCCGGGACCCCGGGGGAAGAGGAGUUGCACCAUGCGCGGCAAGUGAGGGAAAGUCUCCGCCAGCAGCAGCGCCGCCGCCCCCCGCAGAAGUUGGGGCUCUCCCCGCCCGCGGGAGCGGGAGCUGUGCCUUUAACGCCCGCUGCGCCGCGAGCCCUCUCAGCUGUCAGAUGCAGUGAUCUCCAUGGUAACUCAAACCCCCAGACUCUUGACAGCAGCCUGCGAGGAGCAGCAUUCAGCAGCUCAAGGGUCUCACGACCAGGUUUCUCCCACUCGGCCUUUACCUUCGGUAUCGAGAGCCACAUCAGCCAGUCCAAUAUCAACGGAACACUAGUGCCACCUGCCGCACUCAUCUCCAUCCUCCAGAAGGGGCUCCAGUAUGUGGAGGCUGAGAUCAGCAUCAAUGAAGAUGGUACAGUAUUUGAUGGCAGGCCAAUAGAGUCCCUGUCUCUGAUAGACGCGGUGAUGCCUGAUGUCGUUCAGACCCGACAGCAAGCGUUCAGAGAGAAGCUAGCGCAGCAACAAGCCAGCGCUGCAGCAGCGGCAGCAGCCACGGCAGCCACAGCGGGAGCUACGACAACUGCUGUUUCCCAGCAGAACACACCAAAGAACGGAGAAGCCACUGUGAAUGGAGAGGAGAAUGGGGCACAUGCAAUAAAUAAUCAUUCAAAGCCAAUGGAAAUUGACGGGGAUGUUGAAAUUCCUCCUAACAAAGCAACAGUCCUUCGGGGCCAUGAAUCAGAGGUGUUCAUCUGUGCCUGGAACCCUGUCAGUGACCUGCUAGCAUCUGGAUCUGGAGACUCAACGGCCAGGAUAUGGAAUCUCAAUGAAAACAGCAACAGCGGUUCCACUCAACUAGUUUUGAGGCACUGUAUAAGAGAAGGAGGGCAUGAUGUCCCCAGCAAUAAGGAUGUGACUUCAUUGGACUGGAAUAGUGAUGGAACACUAUUGGCUACAGGCUCAUAUGAUGGUUUUGCAAGAAUAUGGACAGAAGAUGGUAACCUUGCAAGCACCUUAGGUCAACAUAAAGGUCCAAUAUUUGCCCUGAAAUGGAACAAAAAGGGGAAUUAUAUUUUAAGUGCUGGUGUUGAUAAAACAACAAUAAUUUGGGAUGCUCACACAGGAGAAGCUAAACAGCAAUUUCCUUUCCAUUCAGCUCCUGCUCUGGAUGUAGACUGGCAGAACAACACUACUUUUGCCUCCUGCAGUACUGACAUGUGCAUUCAUGUAUGCAGACUUGGCUGUGAUCGUCCCGUUAAAACCUUUCAAGGACACACAAACGAAGUGAAUGCAAUCAAAUGGGACCCAUCUGGCAUGCUACUAGCAUCUUGCUCUGAUGACAUGACAUUAAAGAUUUGGAGUAUGAAGCAAGAUACCUGUGUACAUGAUCUUCAGGCUCACAGCAAAGAGAUUUAUACUAUCAAAUGGAGCCCUACAGGACCAGGCACCAGCAACCCAAACUCCAACAUCAUGUUAGCAAGUGCUUCGUUUGAUUCCACUGUUCGGCUGUGGGACGUUGACCGAGGAGUCUGCAUCCAUACAUUAACAAAGCAUCAAGAGCCUGUCUACAGUGUAGCUUUUAGUCCUGAUGGAAAAUAUCUAGCCAGUGGGUCCUUUGACAAAUGUGUCCAUAUAUGGAAUACUCAGAGCGGAACUCUAGUACAUAGCUACAGAGGCACCGGGGGCAUCUUUGAAGUCUGCUGGAAUGCUAGAGGAGACAAAGUGGGAGCAAGCGCAUCAGAUGGAUCGGUUUGUGUUCUAGAUCUGCGGAAGUAAAAGUGAAAUGUUUUAGAAGAAAUUUCAAAUGGACCAGCAGUGAAUGUGUGGGGAGAAGCACUCUUCAAAACUAUUCUUAACAGCUCCAGAACUGUACAAACUUGAACGAAGUUAGAGUGUACCAUGAAACCAACUCUCCCUGGCCACAGGUGACUUGUAUUUUGUCCGUAACCUUCAUCAAGGAGUAAAAACGCAGUCACUUCAGAGGGGGAGGGAAUGGUUUCCACCUGGAACAUUCAGCCUUGGAAGCAUGAAGCCACCAGCUAGGCAUUGCACUGUUUGGUUUGCAUCUGAGAACUUACUCUGAUGGCUGGGGAAAAAAAAGCUGUGCCAAAAAAAAUUAAUAAAAAGGAAAAAAAAAAAAAAGGAAAAAAAAAAGAAAAAUGCUGUGAUAAACCAAAAGGGAAAAAAAUCCUCCUCCAUGCGGUGUUGUAUUUUUUCCUUCCAAUUUGGACACUACAGUUGCUCUCCCAAAGGACGUUCAAAGACCAGUUUGUACUGAUGAAAUGCUCAACUUUGUAAUCACAACACUUUCUAUUUUCUAGACUACUUUUUUUGUUCAGUGGUUUUUCUAUCAGCUGGAAUAUUACAGCCUGGAGGAUCCCAGGCUUAGGGUGAAACUUUUGUUUUGCUUUUAUUUCUCCCUUCCACUCCCAACUUUUCCUUCCUUUUUUUUCUCCUCUUUCUUUUUGCCCCCUUUUUUUUUUUCUCUUUUCCCUGUAUGCCCAUAGUAGAUGCAGCCAGGUGGACAUGACAAUGAAAAUUUUUGACAGACUGCUUCUCCUCUCUUCUAUAUCUUCCUUUUCGUUUCUUUCUCUCACUUUAAAAGAAAAAAAAAUCCUCCAUGCUUCAGAUCUUAGCGUCUCAAGGGCACUUUCAGCAAAUUGUGUAAUAAGUGCUUUAUAUAAGAAUGCAGUGCUGGGGAAGAUUUUUACAGGAGAAAGAUGACUUUUAACAGAAAGAACCCAGUGUAUUUUUGGAAAAAAAAUAUUUUUUAUGUUAAACAGUUUUAAAAGCCUAAAAUGGCCACAAAAUAGACCAGUUGUGUAAUUCAAGCAAAAAGAAUGACACAGAGUCCAGGGAACAUGAAAGGCGCAGUAUCCUUUUUCUCUCCUCUCUCAGAAAGUGCUGUAAGAAAAAAUGGUGUUUGAUACAAAAAAUACCAGUCCUUUACUAAGGUCCUUUUCCAGCAGCCAGCUAUUUACAUAGUCUCAUUUCUUUUUUUUUUUGGCUGUUUGAUGAUGUAAACUUAUUCAAAGAGAUUCAGAAGCCUGAGACUAUGAAUAUAGCAUUCAUUUUCUCUAGUCCAUAUUUUUGUUUGUUUUCAGUAACCAGGAGAAAAUGCUUGUGUAUCUGCUUUCCUCUAAAGAUAAUUCAGAUUUUGACAGAACACAGGUUUGGCCACCUGUGGCCUUGCUGAGCAGUGCUGUCUUCCACUAUUCAUUAUUCCAGUAAGUCACUGGGGUUUUACCACUGACUUAAUGAGACCAGUUGAACUGAAAUAUGUUGACUGCCACUGUCACUGUUGAAGAAUGGACUCUUGCCAAGCUCCUGUCCAUCCAUGGACCACACACACCAAGAAGGCGGCUGUGCCAUUGCGGCGGGUGGUGCUGCUGUCACCCUCAGCCAUGCAUGUGCUGCAUCCUGCAAGGAAAGCUCUGGGUCUGCACUUGGAGGCUCACUGUCUGCCUCCAAGACAGGUUUAGCCUCGAGGGUGUCCUCAGUGUGGUGCUUAGGAGCCAACCUUGAAUUCAUUAGGUGAUGACAUCAUAAAGGAUAUAUAAGUUCUAUCUCAACAUGUAAACCACUAUAAAGUUGCAGGGGGUGAAAUGACCAGAAUGACCAUGGAGAGUUGCCAAGCACCACCUAUCCACUUUGGACAAGAUUUCCUUACUGCAACCCUGACACCUGCACAGAUGCCAACUGAAGACUGCAUUACUCUAAUUAAGGAAAUGGUGAAUGCAAAGAAGGACAUAUAGGCAGAGUUUACUGGAAGUGCUGUAAACUAUAAGGCAGCCUUGGGGUGGUGUCAGACAUUACUUAGAUCCUCAGAACUGGCCAGGUCACACAGGUGUCUUCUCUAGCCCACAGCCUAGGCUAGGAUCUGUAGGAGAGAGAAAACAGGCCACAGACCUCUUAACAGAUCUAGAACCUUCCUGCCCAAAGUCUCUGUAACAUGGCAUCUUACCCUUGGUUUGACCACAGCUGCUGAAGGUUUGAUUUGAUCUGAGCAAAUCCAGAGCCCUCAGGCUGAACUGGUGGUGUGAGACCUGCUGAGCCCCAGGGCAUCAUCAUGGAAUCUGAAGACUAUCUUUUAUUGGGAGUUUUCUUCUCGUUAUGCUUGCAUCUGUAGGGGAUCUUAGUCCUGCCAGUGAAACUAGCCACUGCCAGCUUCAGCUGCAUUUCUUAAAGAUAUACCUUUGGAAAGGAGAAAAGAAUGGAAAGAAGUAAUUGCUAAAAGUAUUACUUAGUCCUGAGGUGAAAACAGUUAUGUGGGAUUUUGGUUAUUAGUGAUAGUUAGGCUUGUUUGUAAUUUAUCUCAAAUAAUUGAAUGCCAGGCAAUAUCAAGGAUUAUUUUUGGUGUUAGAUGCUUUUAUGCAUUGGUUUUAGUUUUCUGCACCAAGAGCAUGGCUGUAGAUCACCAUGUGGCAGUUUUGCACUCUUGUAUAGAUAACCACAUGUACCUGCCAAUUUAAAGUCACUACUUUUUAAAAGAAGAGAGGACUUGCUCAACGAGAGUCUUGAAUACAAAGGCGUAAUGUGGUUUUAUAAAGCACGGUUUGGACAAUAAUUUGAUUGCAGUCACUGCAUGUAAACAGUUAAAUUCCUACGCUGCUUUUUGGUGGCAUUUCUGAGAAUAACAAGCAGAAGUUGCUGGUCUGUGGGAGAGCAGCACUGAUGGGGCUCUGGCCUUGCCUCUGUCCCUUGAGUGACACCUGAAUAGGCCAGACCUCAGGAUUUGAAGAGAUUAAUUUGCUCAAUGCUGCAUGACUGGCUGGCUCCACAGCCUGUGUUUCAUAGUUGUUCCCAGGAUAGCUACUGUAGAUAACAGGGCAGUGUCCGUGACGCCUGUUCCUUUUCCUUUUUUUUCCAUUUUUUUAAUUUGUCAGAACAGCACUUUCUCUCUGCUUUCCUACAUGGAGGUAAGAAGCCAAGAGAAACAACAUUUGAAUAUCAGUUGGUUUGCAAAGCUCAUGUGUGAGAGAGGCUGCUGCUCCAGAAAAUUUUUUAUAUGGACCACCUGAGUUACAAGCAAUGUAUGUGAGGAGCUAAGAAAAUUCACUUUUCUUCCCCUCCACAGCUAAAAUGAGAGCUAUUAAGGAAGACAGAAGGUAUAGUUGCAAAGGUUAAUCUUAGCCUUAGGAUGUGGUUUCUUCGGGACAUGGACAGUGGGGGGAGAGGCUUUUCGAGGCUGUAGUUCAAGGUGGAUGUCUCAGCCUAGAUCUGCAGCACUGUGCUCCUAGGAACUUUCCCUCCCCUCCAGCAGCAGCGCAUUCCCGAGCUGGCGGAGCCUCUCCACGACUCCCCUGCAGCAGAACUGCGCAAAGCAACAGCCCAGGGGACUUCCUAAGAUUUCUUCUUAGAAUUUUGUUUAUAGUUCUUUGUAACAGAAGAGAAAUGGAAAAACCUAAGUGACCAAACAGGAUUGAGAAACGACCCAGAGACUUGCUGGAUUUUUAUUAUUGCUGGCUGUCUGGAACUGGCCUGGAAGUGAAAAAAACCCAGUUUCUGAAAAACCACUAUACUCUGUGGGUUAGAAGGAUACUGAAUCUUUUAUGUAGAAAACACUGGGUCCCUUAUGGGGCAAUAAAGGGCCUGACUUACAGGGUUAUACACACAUUAACCCCAUGCUACAUCUUAGAAAUUUCCUUUUAAUUUGUUUAAAAAAAAAAAAAGAAAAAAAUAGCUAAUUUUAGAGCCAAGUGAAGUGCACUUUGUCAAAUGUAAGGGUCUGCUUUGUUUUUGGGUUUCUUUUUCUUUUUCCCUUUUUAAUUUUUCCUCCUUUUUUUUUCCUCUUACUGCCUUUUUAAAAGAUGUGGUUCUUUGUCAAUUGCAGAAAUGUUCUUUCAGCCACUCACUGAAAUUCUGAAUUCUGGCUUCUGCAGUUUUUAUUGUCUGUGUCAGACUUGCAGCCAGACUUGGUUCUCAUUUAAGCAUUUCCCAGGUUCUGUUGAAACAACAUCAACCCUUAUUUUGUUUCUCCCCCACCCACACUUUCUUCAAAUUCACCUUGUGUAUUGUAGCUCAUUUGUUUUAAGGAGAGAAUCAACAGAUCAUAUUCAGUGUCUUGAAUAAAUUGCUAUAUUUUGAUAUUAGAGAA